AUGCGGCCAUCCGUGCCGCCAGGUGUGUCACGCCCCAAAAGACUGCAACGAGUCGAUUCCGUGCCAGGAACGGGUCACCGUCCACUGCGGUUGCAAACGGCUUUCGCGCACGGUUCUGUGCUCGUUGAACACAGAGCCUUUGGAGUGCGACGAGGAGUGCGAACUGAAACAGAGAAACAGGCAGCUCCUGAGCGCGCUCACAGACACGUCCGACGCGUCGACAGAAGGCGACACCGUGUCGCGGUUCCUGCUUCUCGAAAAAACCUAUACGCCAUACGUCCUGUCUCUGUACUCGCAGCAAACGGUGUGGUGCGAGAGCAUAGAGCAGAUCUUGCAGAAGCUCGUUUCGCGCGAGCUCGGCAGACAGACGUACCAUUUCCGGCCGAUGAAGAAGCUGCAGCGGAAAUUUAUCCACGAGCUGGCCGAGGCGUACAAGCUUUACAGCGAGAGCCAGGAUCCGGAGCCCAAAAGGAGCGUGUUUGUGAGACUCCAGGCGAGCUCGAGACUGCCCAAGAUCGGGCUCAAGGAGGCGCUGUUUUGGUGAAAGACCCGUUCAUGGGCAUGACUGCAGAGAAACUCGCAGCCGAGCUUCCUGAAGAGCUGUCUGUGAAAUGGCUGAUGGACUCGUUUGUGAUUUACGGGGAUUUCGACGAAACCCAACUGCGUGUCUUGAAGCCGGAAAUUAAGCAAGUGCUCACGAGGAAGAACCUGGCCAUGGACUGUGCUUUGGCCAAGACCGACGUUUCGCGUACACUGAUCUACGAUGUGGAGCAGACCAGAGAUCAGCCCGCAGAAACAAAAAUGGAACCGGAACCUAAUAGACUGCUCAUCAGUACCUCUUUUGAUUGGUACUAA